AUGCAAUCGUGGUGUAAUGAGCUCGCAGAAACACGUGACAGCGAAGCAGCGUCAUGUUCCACAUUACCCUGUUGUUCCUCACCUCAGUGUUCAACACACACGUCAGGUCCCAACAAUGCCGCUGCUCAUUCAACCCGUAUUCCACAGCCGAUAGCUGCGGCUCGGCCCCACACACCCGUAGAUUCGGUUUCACAAGACGCGCAUUGUUCUCUCCUCCGACAUAAAGCCAAUCCAAUUAAACGAGAAUUCCGUACCGUUGCUAUUAUUCAAAACUCUAACGUGACUACAGAUAAGGGCGGCCGCGUGUGGUCGGACGGGGUGUCGCGCGCGGGUCCCGUGUUCACGGAGGAGCCGCCGGCGCUGGUCCGCUUCGCGCGCACGGCGGGCGCGCGCGUGGCGUGCGUGGCGCGAGCCGCCCGCCCCGCGCCCCCGCCGCGCAUCACCUGGCUCGCUGACGACGGCGCGCCGCUCACAGACCUGCCCGGAGUCAGGCGGAUCUACCCGAACGGCACGCUCGAACUGCUGCCGGCGGGCGGGUUCGCGGCGGGCGGCCUGCCGGCGGGCGGCCUUCCGGGCGGGCCGCGCCUUGUGCGCUGCCGGGCCGACAACGCGCACGGGACCAUCGUCUCACGAGACGUGCACAUUGUGCCUGUAGCGGACGGCAACUGGGAGGUGACGGUGGAGGCGCCGGCGGCAUGCGCGGGCGGCGUGGCGGCGCUCACGUGCCGCGUGAGCGGGGCACCCGCGCGCGCCGCGCUGUGGUACCGCACCGACGCCGUGCUCUCCGUCGAUGCGCCCUCGCCUGAGUCGCGCUACCUGUCGGCGGGCGACACGCUGCUGAUCCGCGGCGUGUCGGCAGCGGACGCGGGCGCGUACAGCUGCCUGGCGCGCCACGACCUCACAGCGCUCACCAAGCGCUCCCGCCCGGCGUUGCUCGACGUGCUGCCGAGCUCGGCGGGAUCUGCGCCGCGCGUGGUGUCACCGGCCCGCGAGCUUGCGCCGCCCGCCGGCGCGCUGCUGUGCCUGCCCUGCGCCAGCACGGACUACCCGCCACCACAUUACACUUGGUACCGCGAGUCGCAGGGGCGGCUGCAGCCCGUCGAGGCGUCGAGCACCGCCUGGCUGUGGAGCGGCGGCGCGGCGCUGUGCCUGCGCGCCGGCCGGGACACCAGCGGGGCUUGGCUCUGCAAAGCCUAUAAUGUCUUCGGCGACGCCACGGCUCAAAUAAGGCUAGAUGUGCAGCUUGACAUUACGGUUGACGUACAGCCAGAAGUCACGGUGGCGGAGGCGGGCAGCACGGUGCGGCUGAACUGCAGCACGAACGAGCCGGGCGCGUCGCUGCAGUGGCUGCACAACGGCGCGGCGCUGGCGGGCGCGGCGGGCGGCGCGCUCGUGCUGCGCGGCGCCGCGCGCGCGCACGCCGGCGUCUACCAGUGCGUGGCGCGCGCCGGCCUGCGCAGCGCACAGGCCUCCGCCGAACUUCGACUAGGGAAUUCCCCGCCGGAGCUCCAGUACACGUUCAUAGAGCAGGCGCUACGCGCUGGCGGCCCCGUGGCGCUGCGCUGCGCCGCCGCCGCCUCGCCGCCGCCCGCCUUCGUGUGGCUGCUCGACUCGCAGCCGCUCGACCGCUACAUCGCCAGACACAGGUACUCCAUAUCGGAGGAGACGACGGUGUCGGGCGAGGUGGUGUCGCUGCUGAACAUCUCGGCGGCGGCGGCAGCAGACGGCGGCCGCUACACGUGCCGCGCGCACAACCCGCUCGGCGCCGUCGAACACUCCGCUAGACUCAAUAUUUAUGGUCCCCCGUCGGUGCGGCCGCUGGGCCCCGUACGCGCGGUGGCCGGCGACAACCUCACGCUGCUGUGCCCCUACGCCGGAUAUCCGAUCAGUUCGGUGCGGUGGUCGCGGCGCGGCGGGGCGGCGCUGGGCGGUGCGGGGCGCGUGGCGGCGCGCGGGGCCGCGCUCUCGCUGGCGCCCGCGCUGCCGCAGGACGCCGGCCACUACGCCUGCUCCGUCUCCGCGCCACCCGCGCACCCCGCCUCCAGAGAUAUCGAAAUACAAGUCAGAAAUCCGCCAAAAAUAUCACCGUUCAUGUUCUCGCCGGAGCUCACAGAAGGCAGUUCCGUGCAAGUGUUAUGUGGAGUGUCGUCGGGGGACAAGCCCAUGUACUUCUCUUGGCUGAAAGAUGGAGCGCCUUUGCCACCUAAUUUACAGAUCGAAGAGAAGAGCUUGAACGAGUUUUCUCUCCUAAUGUUUUCCGAAUUGACGGCUCAGCAUAGCGGUGCCUAUACUUGUCGAGUCGCCAACCACGCCGCCACGGUCAACUACACUGCAUCACUCACAGUCAAAGUUGCUCCUUCGUGGGUCACGGAGGCCGUUGAUUCCGCCGUGCUGCUGGGAGCGCCGUUGCAGUUGGAGUGUGUCGCUAAGGGAUAUCCCACGCCAAUUGUAACGUGGUAUAGAAGAAUAGAUGGUGUCAAUGGACUGGAAGGCUCUGAGCGAUGGGAGGUGACGGGCUCCGAGUGGGGCACCGCAGGAGAUCAGCAGAGUGAGGGAACGGGACGAGCGGCGCUCGCGGCGCGCGUGGUGUCCCGCUCGCACCAGGGCCUGUACCGCUGCAGCGCGGACAAUGGAGUCGGCUCGCCGCUCGUCAAGCAUGUUAAUAUUACAGUGCACGAACCUGCUAAUUUCGGUACAUCGAGUGAGGUGGCACGGAACAUCACAAGCGUGCGUGGUCAAAGUGCAGUACUAAGUUGCAUCGCCCGGGGCGAUUCCCCGCUCACUCUGCAUUGGACGCAUCGCGAACAAAGACUCGACCUUGAUAGCUAUCGGUGGACCAUAUCCGAGGUGCGCACAGCGGAGGGCGUCCGCUCCUCGCUCACGCUGCGCGCCGCCGAACGGGAAGACGCAGGCGAAUACCGCUGCCACGCCGCCAAUAAGUACGGUCGCAGCGAUCUGUUACUGUUUCUACAUGUUGAAGAGCCGCCAGGCGCGCCGCGGUCGCUGCAGCUGUGGGGCGUGGGCGCGGAGUGGGCGCGGGUCCGCUGGCGCGCGCGCCGCGCCGCCGCGGCCGCCGUGCUGUUCGCCGCGCUCGUGGCGCCGCUGCACGUGCUGCCCGCGCACCUCACCUCUGACCCCGCGCACGCUACCUACAAUCUGACACUCGAUAUAUCUGACGACAAGAUUGACGUCGAUGGCUCCAGCAUAUUAAGCGCAAAAAUAGAGAAUUUAAGAGCGGCAACUACGUACUCGCUUCGCAUAGUCGCGUCUAAUCACAUAGGGCAAUCCCCACAAUCCGAUGCUCUUAUCUUCACCACUCUGGAAGAAGCUCCAAAUGGUUCACCGCUAAACGUUCGCAUCAGACCAAUUAAUUCCGGAGAAGUACAUAUUUCAUGGUCUGCUCCGGCGCAAGACAGUUGGAACGGCGAGUUGCUGGGGUACGUAGUUUCAUGGCGCGAGCUGAGGGAGGCGGCGGGCGGCAGCACUGGCGGCGGGGCGGGCGAGGGCACCGACACGGGCAGCGCCGUGGCGCGCGGCUGGAGCAGCGCCGAGCUCGUACUGGGCGGCCUGCGCCAGUUCCGCCGCUACGCGCUCGCCGUGCGCGCCUUCAACCGCGCCGGCCCGGGCCCGCCUUCGCCCACUCUCUACACCACCACUGCAGACGGAGUUCCUGAAGAUGCGCCUAGCCAGGUUUCAUGUGAAGCCGUUUCGGCCCGUUCGCUCCGGGUGCGCUGGGCGCCGCCGCACGCCGCGCACGCGCCUCUUGGCUACGAUGUGCUCUACGCACCCAUGUACUUCUCACAGUCGUGGAGCGGCGCGGUGCGGUCGCAGACAGCGCGCGCGGCGGGCGGCGAGGCGCUGCUUCAGGGGCUGCGCGCCGCCGCCAACUACUCCGUGAGCGUGCGCGCGCGCUCCGACCGCGGGCCCGGCCCGCCCUCCGCACCCGUCUACUGCCUCACUAGAGAAGACGUUCCCGGCGCUCCAGAGUUGGUCCGUGCGUUGCCUUCGUCGGCGCAGUCGGUGCGCGUGGCGUGGCUGGCGCCGACGGAGCGCGCGGGCCGCCUCACUCAUUAUACGCUCUAUACGAGGGAACUUGGCAAAGUGGGGGGCGAGUGGUCUCAACGCGCUGAAGCUAGCGGCCCAGCUGGCGAGGGCUGGGAGGGCGAGGAGGAGCUGAGCCACGACGUGCGCGGGUUGCGCGAGCGCGCCGUAUACGAGUUCUGGGUGCGCGCCUCCACGGGCGCCGGCGCCGGUCCGCCCAGCCGCGCAGUCACGGCUGCACCCACUCCUUUAGGAGUGGCCCGCAUCUCGUCGCUGGGCCGCGUGGUGCGCGCGCCGCUAGGGGCGCGCGUUCGGCUGCCGUGCGCCGCGCUGGGCGCCGCGCCGCUGCUGCGCCGGUGGGCGCCGCUGCCGCCCGCGCACACCGUCACCGACGCGGGAGAUCUCAUUAUACACAAAUUGGAUGAGAAAUGGUCCCGCAACUACACUUGCUCAGUACGGAACUCAGUCGGGGGCGACGCUGCUCAGUUCAGCGUGCAGGCGCUGCGGCCGCCCGCUACGCCCUCGCCGCGUCUCGCACGCGCCGCGCACCACCGCCUGCACCUCGCGUGGGACCCGCCACAUGCAGGAGGGGCACCACUUUUAGGUUACACAGUGUGGUGGUGGGAAGGCUGGGAGGGCCGAGAGGCUGGCGCAGCGAGGGCCCUGCGUGUGCCGGCGGGCGAGGCGGGUGCGGCGCUAUACGGGCUGGCUUGCGGCGCGCCGUACAGCGCGGCGCUCAGCGCGCACAACGCCGUCGGCGCCUCGCCGCCGUCCAGCCCGCUCAAACUUCGCACCAGAGGAGACAAGGCUAAGGCGCCGUCGGGCAAAGAGAGUAUCUGGGCGAACAGCAGCGCGCUGCGCGUCUCGCUGCUGGCGUGGGGCGGGCGCUGCCCCGUAGCGAGCUGGCGCGUGGCCGUGCGCGCGGCGGGCGGCGCCUGGGCCGACCUGCGCACCGACGGGGAGACCGUGCAUAUAAAUAGCCUGGAGCCAGCGACGUGGUAUGAAAUUCGUAUCCUAGCACGUUCGCCCGCAGGCGACACGCCGGCGCUGUACCGGGCAGCUACGCGCGCCCAUACUGGUGAACAGAUAGGCGAGCCGAUAGAUUUGCCGCUGGAGGCGCGUAUGAGCGCGGCUGACGGCGGCGCGGAGGCGGAGCCGCGCGGGGAGCGGGGCUGGGGCCGCGCGGGGCUGGCGGCGGCGCUGGGCGGCGCGGCGCUGGCGCUGCUCGCCGCCGCCGCGCUGCUGCUGCUGGCCUGCCGCCGCCGCGCGCCGCCUCGCCACUAUGCCCUGCCGCAACCUACGCACAAUAACGGGAAGACGCUGGACCCACCUGACAACGACAUGCACGAAAUAAGCCCGUAUGCGACGUUCAGUAUGUCGUCUGGCGCUUGCGAGAGCGCGGGCAGCGCGGGGGGCGUGUGUGGCGCGGGGGGCGGCGGCGCGAGCGCGCGCUCCGAGCGUUCCUGCGCGCUGCAUCUGCGCUCCUUCGCGCGCGAGCCCAUCGAACUCGCCGCGCCUCCGCCCCGACCGCAUCUAUUAGCCCACCCUAAUGACUACGGCAGCGCUCGCGACACAGACUCGGAGUCGAGCGGGUCGCCGUGCGCCGCCUGCGCCGCCGAGCUGUACCGCCUGCCCGCCGCGCACCUAUCCGACACGCUGCCGGCCGGCGCAACGACGGCUGCGGAGUCGAGCACGGAGGAUGGCUCGUACGGGUCGCGGCGCGCGCGCGACUCGCAGCCCAGAGCACGCGCGCGCCGCCGCGACCACGCGCGCCCCGCGCAUGCGCCCACUGUGAGCCACCGGUUCUAGAGAGCGAGGCGAUAGAUAAAGGUACAUUGCACCCGCGUCGGGCCAGCGGGAGCUGAUGUAACCAGACGCAGGAAAUGUUGCAACGACUGUAAAUAUAGAUUUAUUUGGGUAGUCACUUUGUAAACGAUUUUCAUGUUUUCUGAUUCCUGACUGA